GACCGAUUUUAGUUCGCUUGUACCUGAAUUGAAGGCGCUAGCCCCUUUUCCAGGAGAAUUUGCGUAUAUUAGUUAGGAUUGAUCGCGAGGGAUGGCUCCAAGGUAUGAAUUGGCCGUUGGCCUCAACAGGGGUCACAAAACGACAAAGAUUCGUGUUGCAAAAAACAAAUCUGAAAAAGAGAAAACUCUCUGUAUCCGGCCAGCCAGAUUAAAAGGGAAACAAACUAAACAUAGCAAAUUUGUGAGAGAUUUGAUACGUGAGGUCACAGGACAUGCGCCUUAUGAAAAACGUGCUAUGGAGUUGCUAAAAGUGUCAAAGGACAAGCGUGCUUUGAAAUUUUUGAAAAGAAGGCUGGGAACUCAUAUUCGUGCUAAGAGGAAGCGAGAAGAGCUUGGAAAUAUUUUGGUACAAAUGAGGAAAGCAGCUCAUCAUUAACUUUUCUUAAAUAUGUAAAACAUUCAUUUCUUAAAUAAAUCAAUAUUUCAAAUCAAUAAAGAGACAAAGUACAGGA